AUGCUGAUACAACAGACAUUGUCAUCUACUACUUUGGAGGAUUCGACUACGUUGGCGGAGGAUCUAACACCGCGACAGAUCAACUUGGCACUGACAGAGAACUCUGACGAUAUGCUAAUAUCUUGGAUCACAAAUGGUGUCAUAAAGAAGUCCACCGUGUACUAUUAUGCUGGCGCAUGUGUAGACAGUGGCAGCAACAGCCUCGACAAGCUGGCCGGCGACAAGACGAUCAUCGUCAGCAUUGGCACAACGACGACAUACUAUCCAUACAGCGGCUACCUGCACUCGGUGCGCCUCAACUCGCUGACGCCCAACACCAAGUACUGCUAUAGCGUCGGCGGCGAAGUGCUGCGCAACAGCUCGAACCUGCAGAACUGGAGCUCGUGGCGACAGUUUCAGACGGCACCUGGUCGCGACCACUCUGUGACGUUUGUGGCGCUGGCCGACUGCGGCACGUAUGGCAACGUCAUUCCGGUGAUGGCCUCUCUGGCCCAGGAGACAGACGUGUCGCUCGUGUUGCACGCUGGCGAUCUCUCGUAUGGACUCAAUGAAUCAGUAUGGGACACGUUUGGCAACUUGGUCGAGCCCGUCGCUUCGCAGUUCCCCUACAUGGUGAUCCCGGGCAACUGGGACGUCAAGCCAGGUGCAAUCAACGCAUACUACAACAGGUAUCAUAUGCCCCUUGCAUACCCCUCGCCAACAACGUCACUGCGUCUCAAUGAGGAGACGGGCUUGAUGGAGACCAAGACCAACUACCACCUGUUCUACACCAUCGAGUAUUCACAUGCAUUCAUCAUCAUGCUCUCGUCCUACGAUCCAUACGACGAGCAAAGCAUUCAAUACAAGUGGUUGGUGCAGCAGUUGGAGCAUGUUCAAAACAACAGACACAAGUUCCCAUGGCUAAUCGUCGGAGCUCACAGUCCAAUGUACAGCUCAUCAACUGGACAUGGAGGUGGCGAUGUCAACUUUAGAUCAGCGAUCGAACACUUGCUCAAGGAGUACAAGGUCAACUUGGUGAUCUCUGGACACGAUCAUUGUUAUGAGAGGAGUUAUCCAGCGUACGAUGGCAAGCCUUUGAACGACCUGCCCGACGAGUAUACGAGUGACAUGGGCACAGUCCAUCUGCUGGCGGGCACUGGCGGCGCCGACCAAGACCCAUGGCUGCCGCGUCCCGACUGGACUGCGCACCGCGAGAACUCGGCCGGCUACACCAAGGUGAAAGCAUCGCCACUGACACUCGAGGUGACGUAUCUUCGCUACAAUGGCUCGAUUGGCGAUCGCUUCAGAAUCACAAACGUCGACACUGAUGGUCCCCAGGGCAGCACACAUCUCGGUCUGAUCAUGCUGGUCAUCUUCCUCAUGGUCCUAGUUUUCCCACUGUGCGCCUACAGUGGACUACCAUCACGCAUAUUCAACUCGAUCAUGGUUGGCGGCGGCCCCUAUGUACGAAUGGGCAAUUCCAUUGUAUAA